UCACGUGACAACCGAGCAGGAAGCUAAMGCCGACAUCUCUCCGUACAGGAUUUGCGGGUCUGUAAAGUCAUUAAAAAGCUAAUAUUUCACUCGCCUUGCACGCAGUUCGGAACGAGAUUUUCCUUGGUGCGAUGGAAAACAAGCAUAACACGUACUUAAUAACUGGAGGAUGUGGAUAUUUUGGCUGUCGGCUUGCAUGUGCUCUGCAGAAACAGGGAGCCAGGAUCAUUCUGUUUGACACCAACCCUCCGAGACAAGAAGUUCCUGAAAAUGUCGUGUUUGUGAGUGGCGAUGUACGUGAAUACGCACAAGUUGAGAGGGCCGUCACUGGCGUGGACUGCGUGUUCCACGUUGCCUCCUAUGGCAUGUCUGGUCGGGAGCAGCUGAACAGGAGUCUGAUAGAAGCAGUCAACGUCGAGGGAACGCAGAACGUCCUGAAAGCUUGCGCAGAGCGUGGAGUGUCGAGGCUGGUGUACACCAGCACCUUCAACGUGGUGUUUGGAGGCCAGGUCAUCGAGAACGGUGACGAGAGCCUUCCUUAUCUGCCCCUCCACCUUCACCCUGACCACUACUCCAGGACCAAGUYUUUAGCUGAGAUGGCGGUGCUGAAGGCGAACGGUACGGCUCUAAGGGGCAGCCCUGAAGUGCUCCAAACCUGCGCCCUGCGCCCGGCGGGUAUCUACGGGCCCGGCGAGCAGAGGCACCUGCCCAGGGUUGUCGGCUACAUCGAAAGUGGGAUCUUCAAGUUCGUCUAUGGAAGUCCCAGCAGCCUGGUGGAGUUUGUCCAUGUGGAUAACCUGGUGUCAGCCCACAUGCUAGCAGCCGAAGCCCUGACCGAGGAGAAGCAGCACCGCUCUGCUGGCCRGGCGUACUUCAUCUCAGACGGCAGGCCCGUCAACAACUUCGAGUUCUUCAGACCUCUGGUCGAGGGUUUGGGAUAUCCAUUCCCCAAGCUUCGCCUUCCUCUUUCUCUCAUCUACCUGUUCGCUUUCCUCACAGAAAUGCUUCACCGCCUCGUCGGCCCCUUCUACGACUUCCAGCCGCUGCUGACACGCACCGAGGUGUACAAAACCGGCGUCACGCAUUACUUCAGUUUGGCGAAAGCCAAAGCGGAGCUGGGCUACGAGCCACGGGAGCACAGCCUGGACGAGGUGGUGCGCUGGUUCAGAAGCAACGGACACGGGAAGAGGAGUCGCAGCUCCUUCGUCGGUAGAUUUUUCUUCAACGUGUUGUUGGUCUGUGCCUUUGUUGCUGUGGCUCUUUCCUUUCUGCCGGUCGCUGGCAGCUGAUGACACGCUAAAACCGAACGAAUCAUCAACCGCAGACACGAACGCUCGAGAGCGAUUCAUAAAAAAAAUACUUGUCAUUUUCAGUUGUUUCAAAAGGUUCUUCGUACACUGUCRACUUUUAAAGGAAAAACAAAUGUAGUUUCUGACAACCGAUUAGAGACCAAAUCUGUCUUUUGUUGCUUUUAGGGCUCAACCGUUUCUACCUCUUUAUCUCAUUUAACUUUUCAAGAUAAACCCUAAGGACAAUAAUUACUACCUGGUGCUGAUGGAUGAUGUGUUUUUAACAGUAUGACUCAUAAAUAAAACCUGAGCAACAUGUCAAAUAUA